AUUUCUUCCUCCGCUGCAUGGCUGAAGGUGAAGCAGGUCUCAGUGUGUGAGUCAGUCCUGUCUACUAGUCCAACAUGUCAUCCAGUGGACUUUUAACCAUGCGUGCUCAAAUGUGUAAACGCCUGGCUCACAAGUACCUCUCAAGAACCUACACAUCUCGCCCUUCACUCAAUGAAGUCGUCAUCGUCAGCGCAGUACGCACUCCAAUGGGCUCCUUCAAAGGCAGCCUGUCAGCAGUACCAGCUACCAAAUUGGGCUCCAUUGCCAUCAAGGGAGCCAUAGACAAAGCAGGAAUCACUCCUGAAGAGGUGAAGGAGGUCUACAUGGGCAACGUGCUUCAGGCAGGAGAAGGACAGGCCCCCACAAGACAAGCUUUGCUUGGAGCAGGCUUGACCCUCGGCACUCCAGCAACAACCAUCAACAAAGUGUGUGCCUCUGGGAUGAAGUCCAUCAUGAUGGCAGCCCAGAGUCUAAUGUGUGGACACCAGGAUGUGAUGGUGGCAGGAGGCAUGGAAAGUAUGUCCAACGUACCUUACGUGAUGUCCAGAGAGACCCCAGCCUACGGAGGAGUGAGGAUGGAAGACCUCAUCGUCAAGGAUGGACUCACUGAUGUCUACAACAAAUUCCACAUGGGCAACUGUGCAGAGAACACCGCCAAGAACUGCAGCAUCACCAGGGAGGAGCAGGACGCCUACGCCAUCGGCUCAUACAGCCGCAGCAAAGCAGCAUUUGAGUCUGGCGUGUUGGCCAAGGAGAUUGUACCAGUUAGCAUUCCCAAGAAAGGCAAACCUGAUGUGGUUGUGUCCGAGGACGAGGAGUGGAGACGGGUUGACUUCAGCAAAGUCCCCAAACUGAAGGCAGUGUUCCAGAGAGAGAAUGGCACAGUGACUGCAGCCAAUGCCAGCACACUGAACGACGGGGCCGCUGCUCUCGUUCUAAUGACAGCAGAUGCUGCAAAAAGACUCAACGUCACUCCACUAGCCAGGGUUGUCUCUUUUGCAGAUGCUGCGGUCGCACCCAUUGAUUUCCCCAUUGCUCCUGCAUACGCUGUACCAAAGGUCCUGGAUGCAGCAGGGCUGAAGAAAGAUGACAUCGCCAUGUGGGAGAUCAACGAGGCUUUCAGUGUGGUCGUCCUGGCCAACAUCAAGAUGUUGGACAUUGACCCUGCAAAAGUGAAUGUCAACGGGGGAGCUGUGUCACUGGGACACCCCAUUGGGAUGUCUGGGGCAAGAAUUGUGGGUCACAUGGUGCACAACCUGAAGUCAGGCCAGUACGGUCUGGCAGGUAUUUGCAACGGAGGCGGAGGAGCUUCAUCUAUUCUCAUCCAGAAACUGUAGGAAACUUAUGUAGUGACUAUCUGUUGGUUCCAAAUGGCAAAGACUUCCAUAAACUCCCUUUUUACUGUGAAGAAUGCAUCUGUUACAACUUCAAUGCCGGUGGCCUUAUUCAAACUGCAAACUAGGACUCAACUCACAUGACAUCAUGACUCCAGUGUUUAAAACACUCCUUUGUUUGAACAAACGUCUAGUGCAAAAAAAAAAAAGCAUUAAUAUUUAACUCUGAAUUGAAAUGGUUAAAUAAAUAGUUUUUAUGAAACCA